AUGGAUGAUCAAUGGGGAAUUUCCAAGACUAACCUUGAGGCUUUUCGCAUCGCGGGUCUACCACCAGACUUCUACUACAUUCCAAAUUUCAUCAGCGCGGAAGAAGAAUCGUCAAUAGUGCAGAAGAUUCCAGCUCAGAGAUGGACACACCUCACUCAUCGGCGUCUCCAGGCUCUGCCCUCCACUCUCACUAAAAACAAUACCUUGCUCGCCGCCCCUUUACCCGCUUACCUCACCAACCCCAUCCUAUCUCGCUUCAAAGACCUAGGAAUCUUUGACCACACACCGCACGGCCAGCCAAACCAUGUUCUCGUCAACGAGUAUAGACCCGGUGAAGGCAUCAUGCCGCACGAAGACGGAGAUGCGUAUGCCCAUGUCGUUGCGACUGUCAGUUUAGGUGCGGGGUUGUGCUUGGACGUGCUUCCUAAACCACAAUCUUCCUUCAACGAAGAAGGACAGCAGGAUGGGGAUAAUGAGGGGCAAGGAGAUGGGAAGAAGGAUAGGAACGAGAGGCAGGAAAUCGAGCAAUCCUCACCUACUAGAAACGAGGACAACCGGCAAGAAAAAAUGUUGCACCUACCUACACGUAUUUUUCAGGAACCCCGCUCCUUGCUCAUCACGACGGGUUGUGCGUAUCGGGAGCUGAUGCACGGUAUUUCGUCAAUUGAGGUUGAUGAGGAAUUGAGUGAGGGAACGGUGGCGAAUUGGGGAUUAUUGAGUCAGGAAGGAAAAGAUGCGAUUGCUAGGGAUGGUGGCAGUAAUCUCAGAGGUACAAGAGUGAGCCUAACUUAUAGGGAUGUGAUCAAGGUUAGCACAGCAGCGAGUAGAGUGUUGGGUAUGGGGAGGCGGUGA